AUGAUUUAAAAUAAAGGGGAAAAAAAAGAUAAAAUUUAAUAACCUAUGUAUGAACUUCUUUCAUAAUUGACUUAUAAAUAAGAGUAAUGGUGUUAUGCCAUGUCAUUAAAUCAUAAUAGAACACUUUUAGCUUCUGCAGCAAAUUAAGAUAUCAAAAUUUUUUAAUUUGCAGAUGGAUUUAUAAAGUAGGUUCAAUAACUAAGAGGUCAUUCUUAUUUUAUCACAACACUCAAUAUAUUAAGGAGUAGAUAACAUCUUAUUUCUAGUUCAGAAGAUUCUACUAUUAUUAUAUGGUCAACAAAUCUAUUAUAGAAUCCUAAAUACUUAGUUAAAUUGAAAGGACAUAAAUCAUAUGUUAAUUGUUUGGUUGUCCAUCCAAUAAAUGAAAAUCUCAUAGUUAGUGGAUCAGAUGAUAAGACAAUCAAAUUUUGGUCUAAUUAUAAUUCAUCUAAAUAAUUGAUUGAUCAUUCAGGCUAGAAAACAUGGUUUUGUUCACAGACUAUUAAUGAACACAUAUCUAUCGUUCAUGGAUUAUCUAUAAAUCGAAGCGGAAAUAAAUUGUUAUCUUGUGGAAAUGAUAAUAUAAUUUUACUUUUAUCAAUCUCUAAUAAGUAGAAAUGGGAAGUCUGUUAAAAGAUAAAAGUUGACAAACAAGGCUUCAGAAUAUCAUUUAUAACAGAUAAUUUAUUUGCUUUUUAACUAUGGGGAAGAAAGUUCCUCCACAUUUACUCCAUAAGCCAAUCUGGAUAAUGUAUCAAAUAAAAAGAAAUAGUUGUAAAAGGAGAAGGGAUGACAUGCAUGAAUUACUUUCCUCAAAUUUAUAAUUCUGCUAAGUAAAUUCUAAUAUCGAAAAAUCGAUAGAAUAUUAAUAUUAUAAGUUUUAAAUUUUCUGCCCAAUCCAAUACUUGGUCAUGUGAACUAGAAUAAAACAUUGAUUUUGGUGAUUUUAGAAUAUUUGGAACUAUGAGCGAUGAUGGAGAAUUCUUAAUUACCUGGGAUUAAAAUUCAUAAUCAAUUCAAAUUAGAAGGUUUAGAUAAAAAAUUGGAAAAAAAGAUUGA